AUGGUCGACUCAGAUAUCCACGUCGAAGCACUAGCGAAAUUCGGGGACGUGAUCAUUGUCAUUCAGGGCGAGUCACCAGAGAAGACGAAACGCUUCAUGUGCGACUCGCGUGUUCUGGUUCAAGCCUCGAUAUAUUUUGAAAAACUGUUCGGUCCCAAUUUCUUGGAAGGACCGCUCGUGGCCAGCAGCUCUAUUCCAGAAAUACCUUUGCAUGAAGAUGACCCGGGUGUGAUGGGUGUCAUCCUCGCUAUCCUGCACUAUCGAGAGCCGCCAACAGAAUUCAAAGAAAAAUCACCCACGUGGCUAGCUAUGCUUGCAAUUCACUGCGACAAGUACGAUUGCACCAAGCCACUUCAAUCGACAAUGAACGCAUGGCUACGAUACUGUCAGGGGCAGUCUCCAAAAACGACAGACUACGGCCAUUUACUUCUAGCCGCUUACUUAUUCCGGGACGAGUCUCAAUUCUUCAACAUAUCGAGGAGCGCCCAGAUAAAUCUACGUCCAGGAUUUGCGCUUGAGUGGGAGAAAUCCGAAUGUUUGAUUGGAUUGCCCGAUGCCCUUGAGCGUAAGCUUUCUUUUGAACGCAAUUCAGAAAACAAUCUAACACUGACCAGGUGA